AUGUCUGACAAAGAAGAUUUGUGGACACGUGAGUGGUCGGCUGCCACUGUGUCCGCUUUAAGACGUGCCACCGCGAACUUACCGCGCGGUGACCUUGAGUAUUCAUUUGGAGAGGAGCUUUCUAGAACACAACGCCUUGUGGAUGAUGAAAUAAAAGUCAAAAAAUGUGUCCUCCGAAUUGGCAACACUGCACUCAGUGAUCCAGUGCUGUGCUCGCGACAUGGCUCCCGCGACAACUUUGACAUGCCCUUUGCCUUUAUAAUUUUGCGCUCAUACUGGAAUCUGCCCGAAGCUUCUUCAACAAUGAUUUCCACCAUUUUUAUCAAACUAGCAAUGCCUGGUCUUUCAACAACUAAUGAGAAUAUAACACCAACUUCUAAACCCUCAACCAUUUCAACUUCAAUCGUUCACAUCAUCUUGCCAUGCUCUGCAUCGAGUUCCUCCUCUCCAGAUUCGCCAUUCUUCUGUGUUUUGGGCUAUUGUUCAAUUCAGUUUCGAAGUUAA